UUCCCCACGUCUUCAGUAUGUGAGUAAAAGGGGGAAGCAACGGGGAAAUAUACUGGAUCACCUAUAAUGUCAGCGCUGAAAAAGGUGUUACCGAGCAUACUGCAGAAGCAUUGCUGUAUCUUGCCAGACAGGAAGUCAGGUCUGAAACGGUGGCUGAUGAAGCUGAAGAGCAGAGAGAUUUAUUCAGACCAGCCAUAUUCAUGGUCCCCCAUCCAGUACUUCGAUGAAGACAGCUACCCCUCCCCUCCCAGGAAUAUGAAAGGUCUCUCAGGCGGUCGUCCCCAGCUAAACAUCACAACUGGACACACCUUUGGCCUGACAGACUGCGACCACUCCCUUGACCACCUGCAGCAUGGUGUUCCCGAUUCCCGCUCGUCUUACCUUCUUAGCCCCACGGAGAGUUGCCCCAUGGACCACCACCGUUGCUCGCCACGGAGCUCUAUCCAUUCGGAGUGCAUGGUGAUGCCCGUCUCCAUGGCCUCUGACCACGUUUCCAGCAGCACAUUUCCCAGGAUGCAUUACAGUUCACACCAUGAGAGUUCGCGGGAGGAUGGCACCACUGGGCAUGGCAGCGGAGGUGGUGGUGGUGUUAUCGGAGGGGGUGGAGUAGUAGGAGGUGGUGCAGGUAGUGGUUCCGGUUCUGGCAAAAUGAACCGGAUACCAGCUAACCUCCUGGACCAAUUUGAGAAGCAGCUGCCCAUCCACAGAGAUGGCUUCCACACACUGCAAUACCAGCGCACAUCCACAGCUACCACCAACAGCGAGCAGCGGAACGAGAGUCCAGGUCGGAUCCGCCACCUGGUGCACUCUGUGCAGAAGCUCUUUACCAAGUCCCACUCGCUGGAAGGCUCCUCAAAGAUGAACGGCACCAAAGGAGACUCACGCUCAGAAAGUGGCCACCACCAUCAUGGUCACCACCACGGCCACCACAAACACAGCAAGAGGAGCAAGAGUAAAGAGCGCAAAGCUGACUCCAAGCACCGCUCAGGGAUUGCCGGUUGGUGGAGCUCUGAUGAUAACCUAGACAGUGACAGCACCUACCGGACUCCCAGUGUCAUGAGUCGGCACCAUGUGGACCACAUAAGUCACUGCUACCCGGAAUCGGUCCCAGGCCAUUUUGGAGAUCUUUCACUUAAGACCUCAAAGAGCAACAAUGAUGUGAAGUGCUCAGCUUGUGAGGGCAUGGCCUUGGCUCCUGAGGGAAAGUAUAUGAAGCGGAGCUCUUGGUCCACGUUGACUGUUAGCCAGGCCAAAGAGGCCUACCGCAAGUCCUCGCUCAAUCUCGAGAAGCCUAUGAUGCCUCAAGACCUCAAGACCCCCAUGAGGCCUUGUCAUUACCUUCAGGUCCCUCAGGAUGAGUGGGGCGGAUACCCCGGAGUGAAGGAUGACGAGAUCCCGUGUCGGCGGAUGAGGAGCAGCAGCUACGUGAAGGCGAUGGGAGAUGAGGAGAGCGGCGACUCGGAUGGCAGUCCAAAAAACUCGCCGCAGAAGAGCGCUCGGCCCGGCGGCCUCAUCAAGAGCGUGCUGCAGAGGCAGCUAUCAGACCAGAGCUCAUACCGUUUGGAUAAAUCAAGCAGUGACACGAUGAAGUACCUCACCAAUUUUGCUGCAGAUUUAAGUCAGAGCUACCAUCUGCAAGCGUCCAGGGACAUCCACCCCAGCAUCACGCUGGACCCAUCACCCAAUUACAACUCACCUAAAUUUCGCUCAAGGAACCAGAGCUACAUGAGGGCAGUUAGCACACUGAGCCAAGCCAGCUGUGUCAGCCAAGUGAGCCAGGUGAGUGAGGCUGAAAUGAACGGCCAGUUCGAGUCAGUGUGCGAGUCAGUGUUCAGCGAGGUGGAGUCGCAGGCCAUGGAGGCGCUGGAUUUGCCCGGCUGCUUCCGUACACGCAGCCACAGCUACCUGCGUGCCAUCCAGGCUGGAUACUCACAGGAUGAUGAGUGUGUGCCUUCCAUGAGCUCAUCCACCGUCACCUCCACCAUCAGAUCCACGGCUGGAAUCCAGUUCCGCCUUCCGUCAUCCGGCAGUGUGGACAGACCCUCCCAGCAACCCCCAGCGGUCACCUAUACCCCCAGUACCCCCACCUAUAAGCGGACUCCUCCCCCAGUGCCCCCUCGCAGUGCCUCCAAACCCCUCAUCUCCAUCACAGCACAGAGCAGCACCGAGUCCACGCAGGACGCCUACCACGAGGAACGUCUGGCCAGAGGAGGUCUGUGGGGUUCAGAUGGACUCGGGCUUGGUUUGGUUCGCACCCGUUACAACUCCACAGACAGCCUGGACAGCGCCAAAGCCGUCACCAUCGCCAUGGAAGCGGCGGCCAUGGCCAUGGCGGGAAAAAGACACCCUUCUACAGAUUCCCACAGCUCGGUGCUGACGUGCGAUAAAGCCAUACUCGUAUCCAAAGCCGAGGAAUAUCUCAAAACACCUCGCUCAUCUAUAGGCAUCCAGGUGGAGGCGGCGACAGAUUCAGAGUCGGAGAGCAGAGGAUUACGGGAAUAUCAUUCUGUAGGGAUCCAGGUGGAAGAUGACAAACGCGUGGGCCGUUUUAAGCGCUCUAACAGUGUGACAGCGGCGGUGCAGGCUGAUCUGGAGCUGGAGGGUUUCCCUGCGAUGGAGGAUAAGGGUCUGCAGUUUGGGGGCGGUGGUCUGCAGAGGCACAGUGAGCCAAGCACGCCCACGCAGUACGGCGCGGUGAGAACCGUACGCACGCAGGGUCUGUUCAGUUACCGUGACGACUAUCGGUCGGCCAACGAACCGUCCAGCCCGCAGCGUAGUGCUGAGCCCUGGCGUGAGCCCUCUGGGCACACAGUACCCACUGUAGCUGUGACGGUGACCCCGCCCCAGGCCUCCGACUCGGGCCGGGCAUCACCCUCGGCCAGGAGAGACGGCACAUGGUUCAUGCAGCUGCUGCAUGCUGAGACCAAGAGGAUGGAGGGAUGGUGUAAAGAGAUGGAGGGAGAGGCAGAAGAGAAUGACCUCUCUGAGGAGAUUUUAGGUAAGAUCCGGAGUGCAGUGGGCAGCGCUCAGCUCCUCAUGUCCCAGAAAUUCCAGCAGUUUUAUUGGCUGUGUCAGCAGAAUCUGGACCCAAGUGCCAUGCCGCGGCCCACCUCUCAGGACCUGGCUGGAUUCUGGGAUCUGCUGCAGCUCUCCAUCGACGACGUCACAUCCAAGUUUGACGAGCUGCAGAAGAUCAAGAGCAACGACUGGAGGAUUAUAGAGAGUCCUGUAAAGAAGCUCCCACCGCCUGUACCAAAGAAGAUGCUGAAGAAGAGUGUGACACGGGAGAAGUCUCUGGAUCUUCCUGACCGACAGAGACAGGAAGCACGCCGGCGCCUCAUGGCCGCCAAGAGAGCGGCGUCAUUCCGUCAAAACUCGGCCACGGAGCGAGCCGACAGCAUCGAGAUUUACAUCCCUGAGGCGCAGACGAGACUCUGAGAGACUCUCCACAUCUUCAUCAUCAUCAUCAUCAUCAUCACCAUCACCAUCAUCAUCAUCAUCAUCAUCAUCCAGCGAAUCAUUGAUACAGAAAACCCCAGACCAGAUCUCCUCCCGUCUAGACGUGCCAUAAUCCCACAUGAAGGACAGAAUAAGUUUUUCUGAACACGUGAAACGCAGUGUUGAGGUUCAGCUCGUGUCAGAUGUGUAAAGACGUGAAGAGAAACUUGCGCUGUAACAUCACUAAAGCAGACUUUUAACUUUUAGGCAUUUAAAUGCUUUCAGCCUUACGAGGUAUCACUAAACUAGUGUUAUUUAGUAAGUUACGUACGUAUCGUUAACAAACUGUUCACCAGAGGAGUGUGAGGAGAAGCGGCCAAAAGCCUCGGUGCUUUUUAGAUUUUACACAUUUUCCAAGUGCUAUUACUGACACUGCGCUCUGAAACCAGCACGAGCUCACAGCUUCCUCUCCUCUAUCUUCUUCUUCCUCUCCUCCUCCUCCUCCUCCUCCUCCUUCUUCUUCUUCUUCUUCUUGAUGAUGAAAUGGUGUCAGGGGUCUACAGGUCUUUCAGGUUUUUUUUUAUCAUUUCAACACCCCAUUUCUCUCUCUCUCUCUCUCUCUCUCUCUCUCUCUCUCACACUCUCUUUAUCUAUCUCUCUCUCUCAAUCUCUCUCUCUCUGUCUCUCUCUCUCUCUCUUGCUCUGUUUUUCUUUGUCUUUCUCUGCCUGUCACUGUUCUUGCAAUAUUUCUCUCUCUAUCUUUGUGUUUCUCUCUCUGUCCUUUUCUCUAUCUAUAUUUUCUCUCUCUCUCCCUCUCUCAUCAUCUUUCUAGCCCUCGUUCUAAUUAUUAAAGUGCCAACGAUUCAAAUACCUCAAACAAACACAGGCCACAGGUCAAAAGGUCAAACAAGUUCAAACAAAAUGAAUUUCACUAAAAAUCAAAUCAGUCUUUUAUAAUCGCUUUGUUAAAAAAUUCUCUCGGUCCGACUCAAAAACGAUCUCACCGUCACACCACCGAGCGACUGACGCCCACAACCUUCAUCUUCACCUCCAUCAGACCGGGUUUAAUUCUCAUUCUGUGGGAAAACAUUUUACUGAGGAAUUUAUUUAUUUAUUUAUUUUUUUUUGUAUUUUUUUGAUGGAUUUGUUGAGCUCUUCAUAAAUCCGGCGAUGUGUUUAGGUCGAGAGAAAAAAAAAAUUUAAAAAAGCGUUUUUUGCACUUUUUUCUUCUUAAAUAUUCACGUACGUAUUUCCAAGGGAAAUGUCUUUAUUGUCGUUCACAGAGGAACUGUUGCAGUUCAAUUGCAAGGUCGUGAAGGAACAGGGAGCUGAUUAAUAAAAGGGAUUUAUUUAUUUAUUUAUUUGUUUGUUUGUUUAAACGUCGUCUCAACAAAGUUCCUCAGACGUCACGUCUCGGGUCCGUGCGCUUCUAGCUUUUAUAUUCCUGCGUCAGGAAAAAGAUAUCGAACGAGAUUUCAUUUCAGAAUCCAAGGCAGAAGAAAACAAAAUGGGGGGGUUGAGAAUUUUCAGAAAGAAACCACAUGAUUAAAAAAAAAAAAAAAAAAAAGCUGUGACAGAUAAAUAAUGAUGUUCACGCUAGGCUUCAGAACCAGAUCAUAAACAAAUAUACUACAAAAUUCAGAGAAAAAUCUAUUUGCUCAAAAAUGUCAAACAUUUAUUUGUAAAUUAAAAUUUUUCACGUUUAUUUCUUCUUGAUCCUGCGUAAUAAUUUCAUUGGUCGAUUCUGAAACUAGGUUUAAAGCUAAAAAUGUGAGUCAGACGUAUUUUCUGUCCCCAAAAUAACAGAUUAAAAAAUUAAAUCAUUUCAAUAUGAAUAUAUUAAAUAUUUAAAAUGUAAAAG